UUUAUUUAAAAAAACACUUGAUCCCUGGCCUUCCUCCAUUCCCUUGAGAGUUUCCUACCUCAACCCUUAUUUUCUUUCAUUUUUAUCUUUAUUUCUUGUCCUUUUGAAACUCAAGGGGGAAUGCUUCUCUCUUCCUUCUGUGAUCUCAAGAUUCAAGAUAGGAAGAAAAUGAUCAGGCAUCUCUUAUUAGUAUGCUUGAUGAUCCAUUGUACUGUAGCUGAUCCAAAAAGUGGAACUGGUGCAGUUCCUGUUCCUCCUCUUCCUAAGCAAAAAUGGUUGACUCUACAUGGUGACGAACCAUUUGUUGUUGCAAAUGGGGGAUUUUCGGGACUUUAUCCCCCACAAACAGAUAUAGCAUUUCGUCAAUCAAUUGUAUUUGGAAAGGGUGGUACUGUCUUGCUAUGUGAUCUCCAUAUGAGUCGCGAUGGACACGGCUUUUGUCUCUCACAAUUAAACCUCCAGAAUACAACAAAUGCAGCUGAUGCUUUUCCAAGUCGUAAAAAAACCUAUAUUGUUAAUGGAAAAGAACUUCAAGGAUGGUUUGCAUUAGACUUCACAAGUGAUGAAAUGUUUGAUAAAUUGAUUGUGACACAAUCAAUCUUCAGCAGAACAGAUCUAUUUGAUUUUUCACCACCAUAUCCAACUGACCUAUUUUUAGAAGAAAACAGGAAGGCUAUACUGUGGAUCAAUGCCGAGUAUGCGACAUUCUACAACCAGCACAAACUUAGUUUGGUUGAUCAUAUUAAGCAACUCUUGGAGAUAAGGAAAGAUAUCUCUUACAUAUCGUCUCCAGAGAUUGGUUUUUUGAAGAGCAUGGGACCAGUGGUGCACGGUCUCAAAACAAAGCUAAUGUUCAAGUUUCCCACGGAUAGAAAUGCACUUGAACCCACAACAAAUGAACCAUAUGCUUCACUAUUAACAAAGUUAUCCAUGAUCAAGACAUUCGCUGCGGGAAUCGUUGUGCCUAGAGAGUACAUAUGGCCCGUCAGUAAAGCUCGCUAUUUAGAGACUAGUACCAAUCUAGUGGCUGAUGCUCAUAAACAAGGAAUUGAAGUUUUUGCAUAUGGAUUUGCAAAUGACAACUUUUUACCUCACAAUUACAGCUAUGAUCUACAAAGAGAGUAUCUGCGAUUCGUUGACAACUCUCAGUUUGCUGUUGAUGGUGUGGUCACAGACUUCCCUACGUCUGCAUCAAUGGCUGUUGCUUGCUUGGCAGGGAGUAAGAAUGCUUCAAGGAGAGUCCCCACUCUGAUCAUCUCUGCAAAUGGAGCCAAUGGAGAUUAUCCAGGAUCAACAGAUCUUGCAUAUCAAAAGGCAGUAGAUGAUGGUGCUGACAUAAUCGAUUGUUCUGUCCAAAUGACAAAAGAUAGAGUUGCAUUCUGCUUACCUUCAGUUGACCUCAUUCCAACCACCACUGCAGCCGGACCUUUCAUGAGUCGAGCAGCUAAGGUCGAUUCAAUUCAAUCCUCUAUGGGAAUUUUCUCUUUCGAUCUUACAUGGGACGAAAUUCUGUCAUUAAAACCUCAAAUGUUCAGUGAAUUUAAUGGAGAUAUGAUAAGGGAUCCAGCACGAAAGAAUGUGGGCAAGUUUGUAACUCUCUCAGAGUUCUUAGAAUUUGCCAAGGCAAAGGCAGUUCCGGGAGUUCUGAUCAACGUAGAAAAUGCUGCCUACCUUGCAGCCAACAAGGGUCUUGACAUUGUGGGUGCCGUCACAACUGCUUUGAGCAAUGCCACACUUGAUAAGCAGUCAACUCAGAAGGUUCUGAUCAUGUCAGGUGAAAGUUCAGUACUGGACAAAUUCAAGGAUAUCCCCACAUACCAAAAGGUACUUCACAUUAAGAAGCAGGUGGAAUUUGUAACCAAUGAAACAGCACUGGAAAUCAAGAAGCAUGCAGAUGCAGUAUUUUUACAUAAGCAUUCCUUAUACACACAAUUUCGAGGAGAGGGUUUCACUUUGAACUUCACCAACCUUAUUGAACGUAUGCAUUGGGCCAAUAUUAGUGUCUACGCUGGAACUGUUCUAAAUGAAUUUCAAGAUAUUUACAUGGAUUAUAGCUCUGAUCCAUAUAUGCUGAUCCAUAACCUCAUUUACUAUGGUGCGGAUGGAAUCAUAACCCAGUACCCAGGCACUGCAAAUGCAUACACCAGGAACUUGUGCACUGGAAAUCUAGAGUCAUAUAGGAUACCAAACAUAAAACCGGGGGAUGUCAUAAAAUUUGCGCUUGAUCCAAAAGAAGUAGCAGAGUACAAGCCCCCCCCUCCUGUGCACUUGGAGACUAAGGACUUUGUUACUCCACCACUACCUCCUGUUGCUGCAAUUUCAAAGGAUGAUGAUAAAGGUUCUGCUUCCAAAUCCACCUCAAACGACACCAAUGCUCCUUCAUCUUCACCUCCUCCUGAACAAGCAAAAGCACCAAACAGCGCAACUGUUUCCACUAUAAAUGUUGUUACUCUCUUCUUUGCUACCAUGCUUGGACUAGUUACUUUGCUCUGAGGAUCACCUGGAACAAUGAGAAUGUUCAUAAACAAUUAACGGAUGCAGUUUUUAACGGAAAUUAACCUACUACAUUUAUUGAUCUAUAGACUCAUUUCACUGUCCUGAAGCAACGAUUUCAAUUAUUCCUUUCUGUUCUUGUUAUUCUAACAAUCAUCAAGGUUAAAAGUCUUAAAUGGGAGAUUGUUAGGGUAAUUACUAUUAGCCAUGUGUAUAGACAUAAUAUAUUAUAACAAAUGUAAUGGUUAAAAGUUUAACUUGA